CUAGCUAUUUCAAAAUAGCCUUCAUAUGAUGAAGGAUUUAUGUUGCCCACCCCCACCCCUUCAAAUAAAAAGUACAGAGGGAUGCAUUUCAUUGCUGCUCUCAAGCUUCUUGCACCGAAGCAAAGGACCGUUAUUGUCAUAGUUGCGUGAUCUGUCGGCGCCGCGUAGAGACCAUCUUAAAAAUUCGGAGGAAGUCUGAGAAAACUGCCGGAAGUACAUUGACUAGGAGGUUUUUGUCCUUCUCGUCUACAGAAAAAUGAACAGUCAGUAUAUCCGCCAUGAAGUAUUUGCCUCUGAGACUGGGGAGCUGAAAGACUUCUGGGAAAAGACCAUUGAGAAGCAGACUCAGCAUUUUGAAGCGGAGAAAGAUCGUAAACAAAGAAGUGCAUUGGCACGACUCAGGAGCGAAUGGACAGAAAGGCUGGAGAAAAGGUUGAAACUGCUCAAAGAACAAGAGAACGAAGAAGCCCCUAACUGAAGAGAAAAUUGUGCAUUUUAAUGUAUUUGAAUGGAACACAAUGACCAGAAUUGAAAGGAGAAGCGUUUGUGUUCUGACUGAGGUGGAGCUAUAAUGUCCAGCUUGCAUUCACUUAGAAAUUUCACUGACUUUACACGGAUGAAUGGAUGGAUGUUUUAUUCCUUUGUGUCUCUUAGUCUAUUUGACUUCCUGCUUUAGUUAUCAAAAAGUUACUAACCCUACGUUCUCCACUCCCCUUCCCCUAGAGCUUUCUUGGCAAUAAUAUUUCAGUAAUCUAUCUCUUGAAUUUUUGUAGCAAUUGUGGGGGUUUGAGUUUCUAGAUUUUUAAUGUUGUUCGUUGCCCUAGGAUGCCUUCAGGCAGAGAAGCAACUGAUAAAUAUGAUAAAUAAAUAAUCUCGUA